AUGCCGCCGCUAACAACGGAUGCAAUCAAGUUCGGCGCCUUCGUGGUAACCAACCAGGUCUUCCACCUCACCCCGCUGUCGUACGCCCUCGUAAACCUCAAGCCGCUGCUUCCUGGUCACGUCCUCGUCUCGCCACGCCGCAUCGUUCCGCGCUUCAAUGACCUGUCCGCUGCCGAGGUGCAGGACCUCUUCCUGACCGUCCAGCGCGUCUCGCGCACCAUUGAGCGCGUCUUCGAUGCCUCGGCGCUGAACAUUGCGAUACAGGAUGGCCAGGAUGCCGGCCAGAGCGUGCCCCAUGUACAUGCCCAUAUCAUCCCCAGGAAGAAGCAUGACCUGCCUGAGCCCGAUGCCAUAUAUGAGAUGAUGGAGAGCGAGGAUGGCGAUCUAGCCAGGCAGUUGAGGAAGCGCGACGAGGGCGACGUGAAGCGCGGUAGGUUCCCGGCUGUAGAUGCAGAUGAACAUCGCAAGCCGAGGAGUGAGGAAGACAUGAACAAAGAGGCUGAGUGGCUCUUUGAGGAGAUGGCUAGAACCGACGAGAGGGAGUGA